AUGUCUGCCUCAGCACAAGAAGUUAUUACCGUGGCGCUGUUCACAAUCAUGGUGGUGACGGAUUGUAUCGGCAACUUUCUUGUCAUAUGGAUCAUCCUUACCAAGAAUAACAUGCAGUCUCCAAUGAACUACCUUCUGGCUAACCUUGCCGUGGCAGACAUUAUGGUCGGAGGCUCCAUCGCCUCCCAGUUCAUCAUCAGCUAUCUCUACACACACCCCACAGGUCUUGCAGGAUCUUAUUUCUGCAAGUUUUUUACUCGAGGUGCCAUUACUUGGGUUGGAGGUGCUGCCAGUGUGUUCUCCCUUGCAGCCAUCUCUUUUGACAGGUACUUCGCUGUCUUGUAUCCAUACUCCCAGACAUUCAAGCUGAACCUCAAGAAAGUAAAAAGGAUUACUUGUUUCUGCUGGAUUUUUACGCUGGUACUGAACAUCCCAUUGUUUUUGAUCCUCUACUACGAUGAGAAAAACAGCCAGUGCAUGGAGAAGUGGCCAAAACGCCCGAGUUGGUUUUCUAAGGCGUACAGUAUCGUUUGGUUUGUUGCCGCAGGAUGCAUCCCCUUGGUCAUCAUGUUCUAUUUGUACAGCAGGGUUAUCUACAGGUUGUGGUUCAAACGUUCAAAUCACGUUCCACAAGUUCCAGGAACCCAGCAAGCUGUUAUGAAGGCGAGGAAGAGGGUCACCAAGAUAGUCAUCACUGUCAGUGUCCUCUACGGGAUGACUUGGAUGCCUUCCCUCACCAUUUACGUCCUCGAUAGAUACGAUAUAGUCUACAAUAUCGGAGCAAAAGCCUUCACGAUCAAUUCCUUGCUUGUAACGUUCAACUCGUCCAUCAAUCCUUUCGUCUAUGCCUUUCAGAGCGAGAAAUUUCGGCGCCACUUAAAGGCAUUUAUUUGUUGCCCACGAAUUAUCAUUAAUCAAGUUGACGUCGGGAAUGAAGGACAAUUACAAGGGACACCGCAACAAAGCUAA